AUGAGUAACAAACGUAAAAAUGAGAGUGGUCUCUCAUUGGAAAGUCUUGAGAAAAAAUUGAAGAAAUAUCAAGACUUAAUCAAAAUCGAAAAAUCAUUUAAAAAAGUAAAUGAUUCUUCUACUAGUGCUUCUUCAUCUGAGGACUUAGAUAAUGACGAUCAACGUCAGAGUCAACACUCUGAACAUGAUGUGGUUGUUACAACCAAAGAUUCUAAGACGUCAGACGAGUCUCCUGAGUCACGUCUCCUGAAAGACAAGACUUACAAUCUUCAUCCUGAACUUUCUGCAUGUUGGAAAGAGAUUGUUUCUUCUGGACUGGAAAAGGAAGCUAAAACAAAAUUGAUUGACAGUUAUCCCAAUAAAGGAAACUGUACUCUGUCAGCUCCUGUUCUCAAUCCGGAACUGAUUCCACUUCUAAACAAGACCGCUAAAUCUCGUGAUAAAUACUUAACUCAAAAUCAAGAUUUAUGCGGUCGUAGCCUCGUCGCUUUGGGACAAGCUAUUUCUAAUAUUUUCAACGAUGACAACAAUCCUGUCGAUAAAAAUGAGUUAUUACAACUCCUUUGUGACUCCAGCAGCUUGAUGUGCGAGUCAAUGUUUCAACUGGGUAAAUCAAGGCGUUCACAGAUUUAUUCUUGUGUUGAUGACAAAAGAAAAACUGUGCUUGAAGAUUCAGUCACCGACGAGUUCCGUUUUGGCCAAGAUCUUAGCAAGCGGAUCAAGAACUCUGUGACUAUGGAAAAGACGUUUGUCUAUGAAGACCCAACCUCCAAGGAAGGAUUCUUCAAAGGAGGUGACUCCUUUAAACUGGAAGAGCCUGUCUGCUUCACGCGUCAGCGUCAAACAGACGGGCUAUCAACGCUUCCCAUUUUGGAGAUCAGCCCCGCAGAACAAGACCAAUCAGGUUUCAACCCGAUCUCAAGCUCGAGGUCAGAGUUCAAAUCAAUUCAAUCGAACUCAGAGCAAAAAGUAGAGGUGAGCGUUGUUGCUGGUCAGUUAAAAUAUUUUUUACACGCCUGGUCUAACAUCACCUCUGAUCCGUUUAUUCUGGAAAUUAUUUCCGGGUAUAAAAUCCCUUUUACGAUGACUCCAAUACAAUCAUUCAUACCGACAAACGAUAGUUUUUGUGAUAAUGACAAAAUUAAAAUUCAGGGUUCCAUGAUAAUUGAUCCCCGUAAUUUAAUACCACGACAUCUGAUACCACGACUAAUGAUCCCACGACACAUACGAGCGCAACAUAUAUUUUUUGGCGAAUUUUCGUAUAUCCCAGCAUAUAUUCUACAGUAUAUUCUAGGAUAUAUUCCUAGCAUAUAUUCUAGGAUAUAUAUUUUUUCCGUGGGGGUUUGCUCACAAAAUGUUAAAAUUUCGCGAGAAUUUUUAGAGUCAUUAGGUUUUAUAAUCAAUGAAAAAAAGAAUAAGCUUGCUCCUUCGACGUCCUGUAAAUUUUUAGAUUUUAUUUUUAAUUCGGAGCAAAUGACUGUAGAGCUUACGCAAGAAAAAAGAUUUAAUAUCGAGUUGAUUUUGACGUUUAAAAAUCUCACCCACUGUUCUAUUAGAGAAUUUUCUCAGCUAGUAGGUAAUAUUACUGCAGCUUGCCCAUCUAUUAAUUAUGGUUGGUUACACUCGAAAAAAUUUGAACAGCAACGUUAUCUCGAAUUAUUGAAAUACUGCUCCUGGCACCGGGACCCCUUAGCUUUCUGCAUUGAUGCUUUAACAAUUGACUGGAACGAACUCAAUUUCUUUGCUUUUCCCCCAUUUUCUUUAAUUCUUAAAAAAUUGAAGAAAAUUCAAACGGACCAGGCCUGUGGAAUUUUAGUAGUGCCUAAUUGGUGUGGUCAGCCAUGGUAUCCAUUGUGGCUAUCACUUCUAGAUUCACAACCAAUCAUUUUUCAACCAGAUUCUAAUCUACUCCGAUCUUCCUGUACAAAAAAUCCCUUGGUAUCGCGUCUUUUAAAAGGAGCGUAUAACAUUAAACCGGCAAAAUCCCGUUAUGAUCGUAUAUACAGUUUAGACCCAAUUUUAGAUAAAUUAGAACUUUUAAGACCUCUAAGUAAUCUUGACCGUCCUCAAUUGACAACUAAAUUAGCAGUUUUACUAGCAUUAACUACCGCACAUCGAAUACAAACAAUUGCUUCGAUUAAAAGAUGUAAUAUAAUUAGAAGUGGUGAAAAUUAUGAAAUAGAAAUUCCUGAUAGAAUGAAAACUUCUAAACGAGGUGUAUUUCAGCAACUUUUAAUUUUACCUAAAUUUCAUAAAAAUGUAAAUUUAUGUGUUGUUUCUACUUUAGAAAAAUAUUUGGAAUGUACUUCACUUUUGGCUAAAAAUCCAAUUAAUUUAUUUAUCACUACUCUGGUUGGUCGGAUAAAUCAAAAGUAUUCGAAAAAUUUUAUAACCGACCAAUCGUCGAAAAUAAAAAUACAUUCGCUGAAUCUGUUCUAA